GGAUUAAACAAGAGAAGAAGACAGAGAAAUAAAGGGAGCGAGGGAGAGUUUUUCUAUCCUGAGGCUCACCCUAAGACCGCUUCCUCCAGCUUGAUAAGAUCAGAGCCAGGAGGCGAGGCGGUGACGGUCUGCAGUGUUUCUUCACAGCCAGCAGACGAGGCAGCUGCACAGAGAAACGCCAGCAUGCCCACCGUCAAGAGCAAGAAGAAGAAGCCGAAGAAGGAGGUCCACGACGGAGAGGAGCAGGGAGACGCGGGCCUGGAGGUGGAGAUGGAGGCAGUGAGAGAGAGGAGGCUCUCUGAAAGCAGAGACCCGUUGACCCCAGAGCCACAGGACCCAGCACCACAGAAGAAGAAGAAAAAGAAGAAGGCGCCUGCUAUUGAUCAGGAAGCAGAGCACGCUGACAUGCCAAACGGUAACAUGGACGAGUCCAUCAUGGACGGAGAGGAGACGACCGUUGCUGUAACCAGAAAGACGAAAAGGAAGAGGAAGGCGAAGGCGACGGAGCACUACAGCAAUGACCUGGGAGCCGAAGACGACGACAUCGUCACAGACGCCCAGUCACCCAUCCCCCAGCAUUCCCUGUUCUCCGCCCCCCACGGACACAGCCAUCCGGUCGGCAAAGUCUUCGUGGAGAGGAACAGGCGUUUCCAGGCAGAGCGAGUGGAGCAGCUCCGACACUCAGAGGCGAUGGAUGACUACAUGGACCCCAGACAGAUCUGGACCACCAGAGACGUCGCUAUGAGGGUCCACAGUGGCUUCAGGGUGAUCGGCCUCUUCUCUCACGGUUUCCUGGCCGGCUACGCCGUGUGGAACAUCAUUGUCGUGUACGUGUUGGCGGGCGAGCAGCUGAGCACGCUGCCCAACCUGCUGCAGCAGUACCACCUGCUGGCCUACCCAGCUCAGUCUCUGCUCUACCUGCUGCUGGCCAUCAGCACCGUGUCUGCGUUCGACAGGUCUGAGGAGCUCUGCGUGUUCUCCCAAUCUACCAUAGUUAACCAGAACAUAUCACAACCACAACCGCCACAUGUUCAGUCAGCCAACAGCUUUGUGUUUGGUGUGCAGGGUGAACCUGGCCAAGGCCUCCAUGGCCCUGAGAGGCUUCCUCACCCUGGACCCUGCUGCUCUGGCUUCUUUCUUAUAUUUCGUAGCCCUGAUCCUGUCCCUCAGUCAGCAAAUGACCAGCGACCGCAUCAACCUUUAUCCUACCGCCAACGAGACUCUGUGGCCUCCAGGUUCAGAGCAGCAGAUCCUGCAGCCGUGGAUUGUGGUGAACCUGGUGGUGGCGCUGUUGGUGGGCCUGGCCUGGGCGGUCGUCUCCACGCGGCCGGACAUCGACUACACAGAAGAGUUUUUGAUGACAAUGGAAGUGGAGGGAUACCCGAGAGGAGACGAGAAUCUGGACAUGCCUGCCUGAAACUCUGAAAGCCUCGUCCUGUCUGUGUCUGACUCCAAAACAGUGAUCUUGUUCAUUUAAAUGUGCUUUUGUAUGACAUGCUAUCUAGCACUUGACUGUGAUUUUUGUAAAUAAAGAAAUACAGUAUGUACAGUA